AUUUAUUGUUUACACUCGCUAGAGUGCGCGUUGAAGUUAUAGAACGAUGGUCUGCUACUUCAGUCUCUGAAAUGGAAAUUUAAUGAUCAACGGGGUUUUCACAUUCUCAACAUAAAAUGAGAUUCAUGUUUUGAGAAUACUGGUUCAUGUUCAGAGGAUUCUAAGGAAAUUGGUUCUACAUGUAUUGCUCUGAGGGUACUUGAGCAGCCACAAUGCAAGGAUGUCCAAGGCAAAAGACAAGACCAUUCGCCCUCAGUACUACAACAUGACAUAUAGCAGUAGUUAUGGAGGGGAAAGCAAGCCACUACCCACAUGGAAAACCUACUUAUACACCUUACAACUCCAAGCACCAAAACCAAAGAAAAUUGUUUGUCAGCGUGAGAUCCCUGGAAAGCCUUCAUUUUAUGGAAAAGAAUUCCAUGGCAACAUAACACGAGAAGAAGCAGAUGUCCUGUUGUCCUCGGAGGGGGACGGGGGUUACCUGGUGAGGAAGAGUGAGAGAGCAGCAGAUGCCUAUACCCUAGCUAUAAGAUUUGACAACCAAACCAAAAACUAUAAGCUAUACUAUGAUGGACAGCAUUAUGUUGGGGAUAAACGGUUUGACACUGUCCAUGAUUUGGUGGCUGAUGGACUUAUCCACUUUUAUGUAGAACUCAAAGCUGCAGAUUACAUCGCCUCUUUGUCAAAUGAGUCAAAUUAUGCAGAAUCUCCAUACUUGGCAUAUACGGACAAACGUAAACGCCUUCAUCGCUCUAGGAGAUCUGCAAACAGUAAGCGGCUGGAAUUCGGGGAUCAGGCAGCUGAGGGAAUCAGUGGGAGUACCAAUGGUAGUGUACCCCAACAGUAUUUAGAUGAUGAGAUCGAUAGUGUAGAUGAUGUGGAGAAAUAUGAAAAAGCUCACAAUUUUAAAACCCAGAAUUUCAUUGGCUUACACUGGUGUGACUUCUGUGCCAACUUUAUGUGGGGUCUUAUUGCCCAGGGAGUAAAAUGCUUAGACUGUGGUUUUGAAGCCCACAAAAAGUGCUCAGAAAAAGUGCCAAAUGACUGCAUGCCUGAUAUCAAGUUUGUCAAGAACCUAUUUGGUGCUGAUCUGACAACUGUAGUGAAAGCCAGGAACACACCGGUGCCUGUGGUGGUGGAAAAAUGCAUUAAGGAGAUUGAACGCAGAGGUGUUGAAGCGGAGGGAUUAUACAGGAUAGCUGGUCUCCAUGAUGAGGUAGAGAGUAUCCGAAUGGCAUUUGACAAAGAUGGAGAGAAUACAGUGAUAAGUGAGGCAAAAUAUGACGAUAUAAACAGUAUUACUAGUGUUCUCAAGCUGUACUUCAGGCUUCUCCCUAUCCCCCUUAUCACAUUUGAAGCCUAUAAAAUCAUCAUAGACACCAUGAAACAAGAUGAGCCUCGCUCAAGGACCCAAAUAAUAAGGAUAAAGGAGGGACUGACUAAACUACCCCCAGCACAUUACCAAACCCUGAGAUUUUUAUUAGCUCAUCUGAACAGGGUAACUGAGAAGAAACCUGUGAACAUGAUGGGACCAGACAACCUGGCCAUUGUUUUUGCUCCAACACUGAUGCGAUGUCCUGAGCCUGAUCCAAUGAUGAGUCUAAUGAAUGCACAAUUUGAACAAAAAGCUCUAGAGACAAUGCUUGUAAAGUUCCGUGACCUGUUCUCAAGAAUGAGUACGACUCAGAAUUUUGAAGCAAGUGGCAAAAGACCUAGUUUUGAUGCUCUUCGAAUAUCCGAUCAACCUCAUUUUGAUAAAGUCUGAGUUUUCUCAUGAUGUAUGAGUGAAUUUUCUUGGUUUUAGCAGUCCUCUCAUUUAUAUAGAUUUUGCAGCUGUGUGUUGCUUAAUACCUCACAUGUUCAUAUAUUAAAAUGAGUACUUGAGGCUCUAAGUGUCAAAGUACAAUUUGCAUUUUGUAUUUAGCUGAAUUAAUGUAUAAUCUUUAAAAUUUUAUUUUAAAAUGUGGUUUGUUUUGUAGAUAUUGUGUAGUACUGUUGGUAUGACAGUUGCAAAAAAUACAUGCAUAUUUAUAAGUAUUGCAUACAUGCUCAUGGAACAUUCAUUUAAAUGUAUUUCAAAACCCACAUUCUGGUAAAUUUUGAAUUUGAGUUUGAUAGCAAGCUUAAAAACUUAGUGAUUUACUUCAAUUUUAGUGGGUUUUUUUUUCUUUUUUUGUUGUUGUUAGUCUGUGUUUUGACUUGCUGUCACACUAAUUGACCACCCUACAGGUUGUAGUGUACCAAUACAUUUACUUAUAGCCCAUAGUUUGUAAAAUUCAUGGCAUAAUACACAUAUUAAAAUUCAUUGAAUGACUGGGACAACUUCCCUUAAUAUUUAGAACUUAUAGCAGUAUAAUUAUAUAAGAUAUACAUUGUGUGACAUAUAUUAUGCUAUUCAUUUAAUCGAUUUCUUAAAGAUUCUGAAGCAUUUUCUUUUUGAAUUGCAGGUUUAAAAAUAAUAUUAAUGAUUAAUGAACUUGUGAAAGAAAUACAAACACAGAGAUUAAGGUCAGAAUUUGAGAUUUGUUUUUAAAUAUGGAUGCAAUUCUAAGCUAGAAUAUAGACUUUGAUACAGUGGAUCAUGGCCCAGUGGUCAUAAAGGUUUGACAGCAUUCUUAUUUCGUCUAAUUUAAUCCAGUGUUGAUGCCAGAUUUGUGUCCCUGGAUAAAGCACAUAUUUGCAGUAAUGCCACAGUCCACUUUAAAGCUAUGGUUGAAUGUGUAACAACAAAAUCAAUUUUUUCCACAGCCUUAGGCCUCCUUAAAAUUUUAUUGAAAUUCAUUCAUGACGUUCUAUGUUAAGGAUUUACAAGUACCACUAAAAUGUCCUCUGUAAAAAAAAUUUGUGAAAGAUGAAUCUAGGCUACAUUGUUAUUUGAGAGAAAUCCUGCUGCAUAUCAUAAAAUUUUGCCUCAUCACAUUGUUACUGUGUACCAAUUCACCUGUUUUUAUUUUAGCAUUUUUUUUUUUAAAUUGUUUUCCUGGAAGUGUACUUUUUACCAAUUCCUGUUGCACCAGGAGUGCUAUGUAAUGUAUACUGUUAGAAUUGUUUGGGGGGAAAAGUGCUGUUUAGUAUCAGUAGAUGUUCAUUACUUAUAUGUUAAUAGUCCCUAUGAAGAAAGCAAGUUAAAACCACUUCAUUUCAGUGUAUAGGGGAAUACUUAAUAUUGUUCUUUCACAUUUUGAGUUUUUAAUGUACUGUGUAAAUGUAAACCUUUGUAUAAUUUUUUAAUUUUUUUUUAACUAAACUCAAUAAAUGUGAAUCAAAUUUCA